AGGGAAAACAAAGUGUGUAACAGCAAGAGUCAGUCCAGAUCAACACCUACAACUGAAAAAAUGAAUAAUCUAUUCCCAAGACUUCACCUGGAGGACAAUAAUCUCAAUAAGAUGAGCCCUGCUGAUGUUCUCCAGAUAACUGAACAUUCCUUACAAUCCCUUGAGUCUUGUGCUGAAGAGGAGCUGAUUCAGACUUUCAUACAAAAAAUAUUGAUGAUGAACUACAGAGCAAGAUAUGUCACUGUUAAAGAGACCAAUAAAAAUGAUCACACACAACAAGAUAAAGACGCAUCUGAAGCAGAGUGUGAUAUUUUUAAGGAUAUUCACAAAAAUGACCAUUUAUCUAACAAAGCAAGAAGCCAAUCUGAGCAAAUUCAUCCGAUGGAUAUUCAGAUGGCCGUGUUUCAUUGUGCUGAUCGUUUCCUGAAGCAGCUAAUCAUCACUAAACUGUCCCAGUGUCAGUACGCCCUGCCUCUGCUUGUUCCUGAUCCACUCACACAACAGAUUGAGUUUCCUCUCUGGACAUUCAGACAAAUCAACAAGAGCUGGAAGAUCAGAAAAACCAAUAAUGAGACCAUCAGUCAAACCCAGCCGAUCUACAAGACAGAAACUCCAAUGGUGUUUUUCUUCAGGUUUGGCUCUGUGAACUCAUCCAAGUCUCAGCUGAUGAACAGUCUGAUUAAUGAGAGACACAAUACGUUCUGUCCAGGCAGCAGCAGAACCAGAGUCCUGAUGGAUGGAGUGGUGGAGAUUGCCUGGUUCUUCCCCUCUGGGAAAAACACAGAUAAAUUCAGUGACUGUGUUGCAUUCUGUAAUCUACAUGGUGAUGCAGGAGACCAUGAGAAACAGCUGCAGAUCCUCACUGAAAUGGCCUCAGUCAAUGUUGUUCUUCUACCACGACUGGACAAGAAUGACAGAAGUGCAACAGUAAUCCAAAAACUGUACAAGGACAGAAAGCCACUCAUUUGUCUUUUUACUGAAGAUGAAUCUGCUUCAACUGAGAUGCAGAAAGGAAAAUACAAAAUUGGUCUGAAUGGCAGAAAUCAGUCAGAAGUAUUUGAAGAACUCAGAAGAGCUAUAAAUGGUUGUCUCAAAGAAUCAUCUUCCACUUUCAGACUUGAAGAUGUGUCUAAACACUCAGACAUCAGAGUAGAUGAAGAAUAUGAUAAAGAGUGCAGGAGAGGAAGAGCAGCAGCACAGCAGAUGAUGAGUUUACUGGAGAAGAAAGAUCUGACAAAAAUCAAAGACUCAUUUCUGCCUCAUCAGGGGAAACUGUGGCAUCAGUGGAGUCAGAUGAACAAAGAACUACAUCGACCUCAAGGAGAUGAUAUAGAAAUGGAAAUUAGUAGAAAACGCACUCAAAUGAUGGACAUCCGUAAAGAGCAACAUAAAUUGGUCCUCAGUGAGCUUAUGAAGCUCUUUAUUAAGGAAAUGAACUCAGAGGACGAACAUGAAAGGAAGUUUUUCCUUAACUGGCUUGGAAAUCUCCUGGAUGAACAUACAUCAGCUGAUCUUUCUGUUUUACAUGAUUCAUAUAAUAAAAUGUGGUCAGCAGUUGUAAAAUUGAAAGAGAGUCAUGCUGAACCUGAUAAACUCAAAGUUGAACAAGCAAAACUUGAGAAAAAGUCUGAGGAGCUUGAAGCUGCAACUUUUGGUUUGGAGCACAUCAUGAGAGAGAUCGGUCAGAUCUAUGAAUCAUGUUCAUCUGUGCAGAAGAACAAGAAAGACCUGGAGCCUGACUUCUCUUCUCUCCCGAGUCUGGCAGCAGAGAUGAUGAUCUCUGGAUUUCCACUGGAGCUGAUGGAUGGAGAUGCUGCUCAUGUUCCUGUAAUCUGGAUCUCUGCUGUUCUAGAUGAACUCAUCCAGAAACUGGGAGACCAGAGAGUCUUUGUGCUGUCAGUUUUAGGGAUUCAGAGCUCUGGGAAAUCCACCAUGCUGAAUGCCAUGUUUGGACUCCAGUUUGCCGUCAGUGCUGGCAGGUGCACCAAAGGAGCUUUCAUGCAGCUGGUCAAAGUUUCAGAUGAGAUGAAAACACAGAUGAACUCUGACUAUAUUCUGGUUGUUGAUACUGAGGGUCUUCGUGCUCUAGAACUGGCUGGAAGAUCAACAAGAGAUCAUGACAAUGAAUUGGCCACAUUUGUUGUUGGUCUUGCAAAUCUGACAUUGAUCAACAUCUUUGGAGAAAACCCGUCUGAGAUGCAGGACAUUCUUCAGAUUGUUGUUCAGGCCUUCAUGAGGAUGAAGAAGGUCAGACUGAAUCCCAGAUGUAUGUUUGUGCAUCAGAAUGUUUCAGAUGUCACAGCUGGAGAGAAAAACAUGGAGGGAAGGAAACGACUGCAGGAGAAGUUGGAUGAGAUGACAAAACUUGCUGCUAAAGAGGAAGACUGUGCUGCAGAAAGUUUCAGUGAUGUCAUUACGUUUGAUGUUCAGAAUGAUGUGAUGUAUUUUGCUCAGUUCUGGGAGGGCAGCCCACCCAUGGCACCACCAAACCCAAACUACUGUGAGAAUAUUCAAGAACUAAAGGAAUCAAUUAUGUCUCAUGCCUCAAAAUCACAUGGAAUAAUGCUGAAAGAAUUGAAAGAUCGUGUUAAAGAUCUCUGGGAGGCUUUAAUGAAUGAACGAUUCAUCUUCAGUUUCAAAAAUUCUCUGGGGAUUUCAGCCUACAGGAAACUGGAGACCGAAUACAACAAGUGGUCCUGGAGGCUUCGUAGUGCCAUGAUGGAAACUGAGAACAAGCUCCACAACCAAAUAGAAAAUAAAGCAAUUCAUGAGGUAAAGGAAACUGAUCUUCAUAGAGAACUGAAGAAGACAAGUGAAGAAGUGAAAAAAUCAAUGUCAGAAUUCUUUGAGAAAGACACAUAUGCAGAUAUACUGAUUCAGUGGAAAACAUCAUUUGAAAUCAAAAUCAAAGACCUUCAGAAAAGCAUUGUGGGAGAAACAAAGAGGAAAUUAAAUGAGAUUCUUAAGCACAGAGAACUGAGGGAAAAGUUUGAUGCUCAGAAGACACAUCAUGAAAACACUCUCUAUGAAAAGAGCAAAGAACUUGCCUUAAAACUCAAAGACAAAGCAAAUGAUGAAGAAACACUGAAGAAAGAGUUUGAUUUGUUUUGGGAACAGAGUGUGAAGAAGAUCAUCAGUGACACUCCUCCAAUCAAAGACACUGAUAUAAUGAGAGAUAUGAAAGAGACUCUCAGUGACAUCAAUGAGGGACAUCUCUUUCUAGACCAGGAAAAAGAGAACAGGGAUAUUAUAUCUGUGCCAAGUUAUUCUGAAUAUGUUGUUUUUAAAAAGUCCAAAAAAGGAAAGAUUACAGAGACUCUAAAAAGCACAUUUGGAUUCAACUCGGAUCAAAUUCUUUCUCCAGAAGAUGAAGCUCAAAUAAGAUCUUUAGUCACAGAUGUUGCUCAGCAAACAGACAAAAUGAUUCAGUCAUUUAACAUUUCAAAAUUGGGCUACAACAAAAGCUGCAUUCAACUACUCACAGAUUUCAUCAAAGCAAAAGUAACAGAACAUGAGGAAAAAUCUGAGAAAUACAUGUUCAAAAAUCAGUUCUUCAUGGACUUGGUUUAUUCCAUCUGUAAGAGAUUAAACAAGAUGAUCACUGACCAACAUGAAAAGUUCAGGGAAGCCAAUGAUCCUGUAAUAUAUAUUGAGAAGAAGAGAGGAGAGUACUAUAGUAUUUUCCAGAAAUACUGUCAAGGAGCAACAUCAGCUGUCAUCUUUGGUGAGAUCAUCUGUCAGAAACUUAAAGAGCCCAUUGAGCAGAGUGUCUACAAGAAGACUGCCAGAGAUCUGGCAGAUGAAAUGAGAACAAACUGCAAAUCACUGAAUGGAAACAGAUCAAAUCUGGAGAAACACAUCCUGAAGACACUUGCUGACAAAGAGGAUUUUAACAAAUACAUGAACUACAUUCAAACUCCCAGAGAUCACUUCAAGAGUUUCAUCAGAGAUGAAGUCAGUCAGUUCAUCACUGAUAAGUUCAGUGUCAGUGUUUUACCCAAAAUGAAGGAAAACAUUGAAUGCCUUCAGCAAAAGAUCAUGAAAGCAGCACAUGAAUCUACUGAACAUGUUCAAGAGAACAGAGGAGAUGUGGGUUUGUGGUUAAAGACUUUCACACAGCAGAUCUCAGAUGUGUUGAUCUUCUCUGAAAAAGACCUCAGUGGAGUGAAAUAUGAUGAUGUUGAUGAUUUCAGCCUCCUAGAAGAUGUGAUAAGAAAACAACUUACUGUUAUAAUGACUGACAUCAGCAGUGGAUUCACCACAAAGACAUUUCCAGUAAAACUGGAUCUCAAGUUCAGGCCAGAUGAGCUUCUGAUUGAUCACUUCUGUCAGUGCUGUUGGGUUCAGUGUCCGUUCUGUAGAUCCAUCUGCACCAACACAAUAGAAAACCAUACUGGAGAUCACAGUGUUCCUUUCCAUCGUAAUAUUGGACUGAAUGGGUGGUUUUACAAAGGAACAACAAACUUGGCUAUUCAAAUUUGCACAUCAGCAGUAGCAAGUACUAAUACAUAUUUUUAUCCCAGUGCCUCCUCAAGUAAUGCAUUCCCCUGGAGAAAUUAUAGAUCAGCAGGAGGAGUUUAUGCAGUCUGGAGCAUCACACCAGAUCUCUCUGAACUGCCCUACUGGAAGUGGUUUGUGUGCAGAUUCCAGAAAGAUCUGGAAAACUAUUAUAAGAAAACAUUCCAGGGUUAUGGUAAUAUUCCAAAUGAAUGGAGACGAUACUCAAAGCAGGAAGCUGUUGAGAGUUUGGAUCAAUACAUUUAAUUUGACAAAUGAAAUUAAUAUUAGGUCUCUGAUUGACAGUUUGAAAUGAGUUUGUUCCUCAACUCAUUCAAGUGACAAAUAAUCUAAGAAUACAUUAGAGGCAAGAUUUUAAAAUUUAAAUGGUUUUCAUUUUCUUUUAAAGAUUUAUUCCAUAUUUACAACAAUGAAAACUAAAUGGUGUAUCUAUAUCGUAGUUUUAAAAUAGUUAAUUAGAUUUUUUUUAUUGCCAGAAAGGUGUAGCUCUUCACCAGAAAUAGUGAACUGCAGAAAAGACAGUGUAUUCUCAAUGAUUGUGGCCAGUCUAUGUCGAUCUGUUGACAAAGUAUCAUACAACUUCUGCAGCAUACAGGUGUGAUGUUGGCAUCAUGUGUGGUAUCUUAUUGAAGGCUACACAGGGUUAGGGUUACUUAAAUGUACUUCUGUAUCCACCACUCUGUCCCCCACCAAAUCACAACUACGCUACCAAAGUUAACUUUUAAAUAAUACAAAUUUAAAUAAGUUCAACUGUGUUCAAUUUUCAAUCAGUUUUGUGAUGUUAUUUCAAUCUAGUGCCAUUUUCAUGCUUAACAUUUUUUCAUUAAUGUUUAAAAAUCACAAUCAAACAUAAAGUAAACAUAAAGAGUUUUUUAGUGACAGACUUGUUUAAAGGCAUAAUGGUGAUGGGAACUCAGAUUACAAAUAUUUAACUAUUACUUUAUGGGAAAUGCAGUUUCUUUAGAUUUAUGUGGCUUUCUAAAAACACUAUGAUGACACCCAACUUUGUUCGUUGUUGAGGACAAUAACAAAAUUAAAAGAAGUAAUAAUAAUCAUAAUAAUAAUGUACUUCUGACUUAUUCUCAAUACAGCACUAGUCUUGAGUACCUUAUUGCUUUUAUAAAAUGGUUACCAAACAAUACAAAUACUAAAGCAAAAAAAAAAAAAAAAAAAAACAGCUUGUCAACAACAGAAUGUUCCUAUGUGUCAUCUUAUGGAGAUCAAAUAAAA